AUGUCUCACGCCAGCCUCCUCCUCAUCCUACUCUCACUGGUCGAUUCGGUUGGUGCUCAAAUGAUGUAUCCCGGAGCCACAAGAGAUAAGGCUGAGCCGACCCAAGCCUACCAGGAAGAGAGUGGUAUGGACACGAAAUCUUUUUUGAGUCGCGGUAAGCGUCUCUGCGAUCCGGAUGUGAACCAAGUACACGGUUACUACAAUGGUAGCGGUGAAAGAAGACUAUUCUUCUGGUUGUUCGAGUCCCGUUCUGAUCCAUCCCAGGAUCCUCUCAUCCUCUGGCUCAACGGGGGGCCUGGGUGUAGCAGUAUGAUAGGGCUCUUCUUAGAGAAUGGACCCUGCAGACUUAAUGAGGACGGAAGUGGCACCAAGCUGAACCCGUAUUCUUGGAAUACGCGAGCGAACCUCCUCUUCGUUGACCAACCUGCCGGGGCUGGCUUUGCUGAGGGACCGCCCGUCACGAACGGCUCGUUCGGGGCUGCUGACGACUUGUACUUGGCCCUUCAGGGGUUCUUCGCUGAACACAGCCAGUAUAAAGAUAGAGACUUCUACAUCACUGGGGAGUCGUAUGCUGGUCAUUACAUACCUGCAAUAGCGCAUAAAAUAUGGCGAGAAAAUACUAAGGGGGACAAACCUAAUAUUAACCUUCGGGGAUUAGCUAUUGGAAAUGGAUGGAUGAAUGCCGGGAUUCA